AUGCAGUUCACAGCCGCGUAUUGUUCGGUCCUGAUUGCAUGUAAUGCCUGGACAUCGUCAGAGCGCCAGCGCGUCCGUGUCGCCGACGGGCCUGCCGCCGCAGCCGAGCGCGUCGCCCAAAGUGCACGUGAUGACAUAUACCCGGGCAACGCGUCUGAGAUCACCGUCUGCACUGCAGCCAUCUCGGCGAUGGACGACCACACACCACCCGGCGACACGCACGGCGGGCACGUCGAGCACGCCUACGCUGUGUCCCCUCCGCAUUUUGCCUUUGACGACGCGUUCUCCGACGCCGACGAUGCCGAGGAGAGGCUCGAGUUCUCACCCGAGGCCAUUCGCGAAGAUAUCGCGAAGACGUUCACGAACCUCGACAAACACGUAGCACAGGACGAGGCAGAGGAUUUUGCGAGGAAGAUUGGGCGGGCGGUCGCGCGGGCCGCUCAUCCUGGUGCUGCCGAAAGGGGGUAUAUUGACAAUGAGAAUGCACUAUAG